AUUAUUCUUACAUGUUUGUUAUGAUUGGUUGUUUGUGGUGAUAUACUUACAGAUAUGCCUUUCUGCUGAGCUAUGGGGCGGGACAACGCAGAAGUGGUGGUCGUAGCUAUUUAUGGGUAGAUUAAAGAUUUGCCUCCGUAUGGAUUAAUUUUAACACCAGAAAAGUUUCCAUUGAACGAAGAAUACGUUCACCAGCUACCAAACAUUUGGAAAAUUCUCGACCUGGCUUCAAGAAUAACAGUCCCGGAGACCCUACCCAGCAAAGUAAAGAAACGUGACAUGCCACAUCAGGACAAUGACCCUAAGCACACAGCCAAGACAACGCAGGAGUGGCUUCGGGACAAGUCUCUGAAUGACCUUGAGUGGCCCAGCCAGAGCCUGGACUUGAACCCGAUCAAACAUCUGUGGACAGGCCAGAAAAUAACUGAAGCGACGCUCCCCAUCCAACCUCACAGAGCUUGAGAAGAUCUGCAGAGAAGCAUGGGAGAAACUCCAAAUACAGUGAUGGAGACCAUGGCUGUGAGCACGUCUGUGGUGGGGCCUGAUGAGUUUGACCGCAACGCGCCGCGGAUCUGUGGCGUCUGUGGAGACAAGGCCACAGGCUUCCACUUCAACGCCAUGACCUGUGAGGGCUGCAAAGGCUUCUUCAGACGCAGCAUGAAGCGUAAGGCUUGUUUCACCUGCCCCUUCAACGGCAGCUGCACCAUCACCAAGGACAACCGGCGGCACUGCCAGGCCUGCCGGCUCAAACGCUGCGUGGACAUCGGCAUGAUGAAGGAGUUCAUCCUCACAGAUGAGGAGGUGCAGAGGAAGAAGGACCUGAUCCAGAAGAGGAAGGAGGAAGAGGCGGCGCGGGAGGCCUUGAGACCUAGGCUGAACAAUGAGCAGAGCCAGGUCAUCGCCUCAUUGGUGGAGGCCCACCACAAGACCUAUGAUAACUCCUACUCUGACUUCUCAUGCUUCAGGCCCCCAGUGCGAGAGGGCCCAGUAACACGAAGUGCCAGUCGUGCAGCCUCCCUUCACUCUCUGUCAGAUGCCUCCUCAGACUCCUUCAACCACUCACCAGAGUCUGUGGACACCAAGCUGAUGAACUUCAGCAGUCUGUUGAUGAUGUACCAGGACAGUGCAGGCAGCCCAGACUCCAGUGAGGAUGAUGGCUCCAAGCACUCUAUGCUGCCCCACCUGGCUGACCUGGUCAGCUACAGCAUCCAGAAGGUCAUCGGCUUCGCUAAGAUGAUUCCUGGCUUCAGAGGGCUGACUGCUGAGGACCAGAUCGCCCUGCUGAAAUCCAGUGCCAUCGAGAUCAUCAUGCUGCGUUCCAACCAGUCCUUCAACCUAGAGGACAUGUCCUGGAGCUGUGGUGGUGGUGCUGACUUCAAGUACUGCGUCAAGGACGUCACCAAGGCGGGUCACACUCUGGACCUGUUGGAGCCACUGGUGAAAUUCCAGGUGGGCCUGAAGAAACUCAAGCUCCAUGAGGAGGAACACGUGCUGCUCAUGGCCAUCUGCCUGCUGUCUCCAGAUCGACCUGGGGUGCAGGAUCACGCUAAGAUCGAGGUUCUCCAGGACCGUCUGUCCGAGGUGCUCCAGGCCUACAUCAGAGUGAACCACCCAGGAGGGCGGCUGCUCUACGCCAGGAUGAUCCAGAAGCUGGCCGACCUGCGCAGCCUCAACGAGGAGCACUCCAAACAGUACCGCUCGCUGUCCUUCCAGCCAGAGCACAGCAUGCAGCUCACCCCGCUAGUGCUGGAGGUGUUUGGGAGCGAGGUGUCAUAGCAGCCCCUCUGACCCCUCCCCAUGAGGGACCCCCAAGAUGGCGUUGAGUUGCUGGAUGGUGGGUUCAGCGAUGGAAGGGUAUCUGAGGGGGGAUAGCCGAAUGGACCUGAUAGUGUCACUGUCAAAGAAGGUUUUGGGGGGUUAAUUAGGGGAUUAUGGGUAAAGAGAGUGAGGGGCUUUGAUAAGGUUGGAAUUUCCCAUUGAUAAGAAAAAGGGAAUUUCAAACAGAAUGUAUUUAUAAAUAUAUAUACAUACAUACAUACAUACAUACAUACAUACAUACAUACAUACAUACAUACAUACAUACAUAAGCUAAUAUCUAUAUUUAAAAAAAGGUUGUUUCGAUUAAAACAAAUGGAUGAGUAAUCUAAUGUAUAUUAUAGGAUAUGUAGGCCCUAUUUGUGUGCAUAUGAAUGUGUGUAUGUGUUGACAUGGUGUUUCAAAUGUAAAAAAUGUAAUGCAUGCAUACAAGCAUACACGCACAGACACACCCCGAGUAGAGUGUGAGGGGCCUUCUAUUUUUGAUGUUUGUAUAUUGAAUGACCACAAGAGGGUGUUGUGCACAGGCUCUGACUGAGUGUUUAGUAGUGGGACUAACAUCUGUGUUUCAGUAACAGUUAAUGGAUUGGUUAAAGUGUAGGCUACAUGGGAUAUGUGUGGAAAAUCUGGAAACUAUUUGGAUCUUUUGCCCGUUCAAAAUAUAUACAUUUGCCACUCAAAAAGCUCUUGCCUUCAUAAGAGGAAAGAGCAACAUGUUUUUAGUUCAUUUUCAUUAUGGAUUAUUGGCUAGCUAAAAUAAAAUGAGCUAAACUAACCUAGUAAGGUGGCUAACGGCCAUGCCUCAGGGAGAAGUUAGCCGUUGCUAAAUACAUAUGUACAGUUGAAGUCGGAAGUUUACAUACACCUUAGCCAAAUACAUUUAACUCAGAUUUUCAUAUUCCCAGUAAAAAGUCCCGGUUUUAGGUCAGUUAGGAUCACCACUUUAUUUUAAGAAUGUGAAAUGUAAGAUAAUGAUUUCUUUCAGCUUUUAUUUCUUUCAUCACAAUCCCAGUGGGUCAGAAGUUAUAUACUCAAUUACUAUUUGGUAGGUAGCAUUGCUUUUAAAUUGUUUAACUUGGGUCAAACGUUUUGGGUAGCUUUCCACAAGCUUCCCACAAUAAGUUUGGUGUAUUUUGGCCCAUUUCCUCCUGACAGAGCUGGUGUAACUGAGUCAGGUUUGUAGGCCUCCUUGCUCUCACACGCUUUUUCAGUUCUGCCCACACAUUUUCUAUAGGAUUGAGGUCAGGGCUUUGCGAUGGCCACUCCAAUACCUUGACUUCGUUGUCCUUAAGCCAUUUUGCCACAACUUUGGAAGUGUGCUUGGGGUCAUUGUCCAUUUGGAAGACCCAUUUGUGACCAAGCUUUAACUUCCUGACUGAUGUCUUGAGAUGUUGCUUCAAUAUAUCCACAUAAUUUUACAUCUUCAUGAUGCCAUCUAUUUAGUGAAGUGCACCAGUCCCACUUGCAGCAAAGCACCCCCACAACAUGAUGCUGCCACCCCCGUGCUUCACGGUUGGGAUGGUGUUCUUCGGCUUGCAAGCGUCCCCCCUUUUUCUCCAAACAUAACAAUGGUCAUUAUGUCCAGACGGUUCUAUUUUUGUUUCAUCAGACCAGAAGACAUUUCUCAAAAAGUACAAUCUUUGUCCCCAUGUGCAGUUGCAAACCGUAGUCUGGCUUUUUUUAUGGCAGUUUUGGAGCAGUGGCUUCUUCCUUGCUGAGCGGCCUUUCAGGUUAUGUCGAUAUAGGCCUCGUUUUACUAUGGAUAUAGUUACUUUUGUACCUGUUUCCUUAAGCAUCUUCACAAGGUCCUUUGCUGUUGUUCUGGGAUUGAUUUGCACUUUACGCACCAAAGUACGCCCAUCUCUAGGAGACAGAAGGCGUCUCCUUCCUGAGCGGUAUGACGGCUGCGUGGUCCCAUGGUGUUUAUACUUGCGUACUAUUGUUUGUACAAAUGAACGUGGUACCUUCAGGCGUUUGGAAAUUUCUCCCAAAUAUGAACCAGACUUGUGGAGGUCUACAGUUUUUUUCUGAGGUCUUGGCUAAUUUCUUUUGAUUUUCCCAUGAUGUCAAUCAAAGAGGCACUGACUUUGAAGGUAGGCCUUGAAAUACAUCCACAGGUACACCUCCAAUUGACUCAAAUUAUGUCAAUUAGCCCAUCAGAAGCUUCUAAAGCCAUGACAUAAUUUUCUGGAAUUUUCCAAGCUGUUUAAAGGCAUAGUCAACUUAAUGUAUGUAAACUUCUGACCCACUGGAAUUGUGAUGCAGUGAAUUAGAAGUAAAAUAAUCUGUCUGUAAACAAUUGUUGGAAAAAUGACUUGUCAUGCACAAAGUAGAUGUCCUAACAGACUUGCCAGAACUAUAGUUUAACAAGAAAUUUGUGGAGUGGUUGAAAAAGAGUUUUCAUGACUCCAACCUAAGUGUAUGUAAACUUCCCAAUUCAACUGUGUGCAAGCCUACAAAAAAAACUCUUUAGUCCUCUUUAGUCAAACCUGUCUGUCAUGACUGUAGUAAUUACUCAAACUUUUUAAUCUAAUCUGAAGAUGCAUUUAACGCUAGAUCAAAUUCUAAUCACAAUGAAAUACAAUCACAAAUUCACUCCCACCAGUUUGUUUGAGAGCCGUUUGGUUUUGCUUAGUAGUCGAAGGGUCAGCAUAUCACAGUCGUGUUCUGCAGGUCUGGCUCUCCCUCUUGUGGUCAUUGCCUGUAAAUACCACUCAUUUCUGUACAUAAGGAAGAAGAUGGCAAAUGCUAAGAUAAUUAAGUUGAGAAGUAUGCUCUGGAGAUAUAUGCAAAAAUGAGAUGGACUAUUUUCUUAUGUUGUACCUCUCUUUGAGGUCUCAAUAAGCUUUGACAACUAUAUAUCUAUACUCGUUUUGAUGCAAACUCAUUACUUUGGACUGGUUUGAUUUUAAUCAAGAUUGUUUCCUAAAAUCAGCGUUCAUUCAGCUGCGUCAAGACCUUCUCACAUACCAAGGAGACGUUCUGACUCAACCUGCUGCUCUAUAAAGCUGCUCUGUAAAGCUGCUCUGUAAAGCUACCACACCAUUGGAACCAGGAAAAAGACAACAAUCAUGCGCUUUACUACUAACACUGCCUCAACUCAAACUGACAAGGAUACAGGCCAAUCAAUCAGUCACCGUAGCGACGGGCAUGCCUCUAUUCAACAAGCCAACCAACGCCUCUUUUUCUGCAAUAGAACAGCAGCCAGCCUCGCAGGACUCUUCAUAGCUUUAACGCGACCGCAGCCAUUCAGGCCCAACUCGAUGGUUGUAGUGCACCAAGGGCUGAUGGGACUGAAUUCGUGUGUAGUGGCUUUGAAUAUGUCACUGAUUGAUAGGUGACGUCCCUUACCUAGGAAGUGACUGACACUGAACUGAUCUAGCGAGGAGCGCUUGGGGAGUUGGACUCGGGAGUGAACCCUGAGACUGUAUAGCAAAUUUAAAGAUGAAUUUUAGAAUAAGAAUCAUAGAAUACCGGUGUGCAGAGCGUAUAUUGACGUGUCCUCCUCCCGGCCCAAAGUGGUUUUCUCACACUGCAGCCCUUGUCCAGACCCCACUGUGUGUAAGCCAGGUCAUGUGGAGACAGGUUCAAAAAAAGCCAGCUAUCACGUAUGCAUAAACCAAUGUAAAGGAAUGUAGGGAAGAUGGGGUCAGGGGCUCUAAUGGGAGGAAGUCCUCCAAGAGCUAUCUGCCUGCUGCCAAGCUGGCUCAGAAAGACACACCCCAAAAACUGCACCCCUCUCUCCCGAUGCAGGUCAGCAACUUCACCUCGGUAGCCUUACAAAACUCUCAGUUCAACAUUUAACAGAUACCUCAUUGAAACUGAAAACGUUCAUAAUAGCAUAGAAGGGAACCAAACGUAACACAGUGACACACACACACAUAUGCAUACAUCCACACACACGCCAUGACUUUCUCUUGGUCAACCUCUGCAGUGUUCUGUUUUUCGUCAAGUUCUUUGUUUGAAGUGAAACUGCCUAGAGAGAUGCAUUGCAGACCCAGUAUAGAGGGAUCCCAUUGUUUUCACACACAGGGUGUCGGUCUGUUUUUCUUUAUCACAGCAAGACAAUCAUGUGUACAAGAGGCAAGGCCGCAACAUUUCACACAAAAAACUAUGAGUCAUAGUGCGUCUGACUCCAUGGUUCCCGCUGCCACUGUGUCCAGUCCUGCUCAGUAUUGUUAUUGAGAGGAGGUGAUGCUGAGGAAUGACUAAUAAUAUGUAUAUCAUGCCGUCACCACGGCUGAUUUGAGGCAGUGUCUCUGUGAUCAGUGCCUUGUCAGGUUUACCGACAUGAAAUAACCUGACUUGGCAAAAAUAUUACAUAGAAGUAAUAAAUGUCUUGUUUCAGUGUAAUAUUAAGCUCUGUAAAUGGUUGCAGACAGAUUCCUGAUAAGGCACUGCUCACAGCGGCCCAGCAUACGUUUUUGGUGGCUCUGUUGUAUUCCUCUGGUGACGUGUGAAGCCAGCUGAAUUCUGAAUAGAGUUGCAAAAAACUUUUAUUGAAAGUUCCUGGAAUUUUGCAACCCUAAUCCUGAAUCCCAGUUAGAGUUGAUUGUAUACAGAGUUGUGCCGCCAGGCGCUGUGUUAACCAAAACAAACUACCUCUCCCAUCCGCACAUGUAUUUUUGGCAUGGUUGUUUCAUCUGUUUUAACACUAAUUCAUUUUAUUUAUUCCUUUUACUUCUCAAAUGCUGGAUGAUUUACCUCAACACAUCUCAAAAUAAGCCUACAGUUCAAGAGGGGGCUGUCGCCACUCCACGUCUCUUGGUGUUGGGGGGGGUGGAAAUGGCUCCUUUUUUUAUUAAGUGUCGCCUUCAAUGCAUCGAUGCUAACAACUUGGUUUGGACAGCUUGUAGCUGGGAUAUUAUGACAUUGCUUCCUCAUGCUAGAGGCCUCGGUUAGCGUCAGUUAGCAAUCGUACACAGUUAGUAGGUGUAUGAUGUAGUGUCAAGAUUUCUGAAAGGUUUUAUGAAAUGGUUAUGUUGGGAUCCUGUCUUGAUGUUUUAGUUGUCUCUGUCUUGCGUCUUUACCAUUGCUUGCUCAGGCUGCUCUCAGCAAAGUGUUCUACUGCCCCUCUUACUCAUAGCUCAUCGCUCUGGAAUCCAGGUGUUUAUUGUAAAACUCUGAUGUACAGGACACAGCUCUAUGGUGGCACAGUGCUUUACCAACAAAGCAUCCUGUUUAAAUGUUUCUGUAAAGGACUCAAGAAGAUGUGUGUGUGUAUAAUCAUACUUUCACCCCCCCCUUCCUAUGUCUUUAUUUUCUUCUUGAAAGGCAAAGUUUUUAUUUGGCUAGAGAGCGAUGAUAAAAGAUAUGAUGGAAAUUGUAUAUCUCUGAGGAGGAAAGCCUCUUUUAGUCUGUAGUCAUAUUGGUCACUUUUGGAAUCUUUUUGUUUUGCUGUGAUCAUUAUCUUCUACCUCUUAAUAUGCGCUUGCUUACACACAUGUCACAAACAAACACAGAACUACAAUAUGUGCACACGCUCAGUGUCCACACUUUCACCAGCAGUUUUUGCCAAUGAUAUACUCAUGUUUCUGUCUCUGUGCUCUGACUUACGUCUGAAUUCUAUUACUGAUGAUCACUAUAGCAAAUCUGCAAUGAUGUAGGCAUCGCAGGGUCAUUUAACAGUUUGUCUUUUAACAUUGAAUGCACAUUUUAGCUCCGUUACCUUGGUGUGCCUAGAACCCAGAGCCUUAUUUUAGGACAAUAUCAGGGGUUUAAUGAGACAAAUGACUUUUUUUCUGUUUUAAGACCUUGUUCAAGUGGCUUUUCACAACUACAUUCCUUUUAUUGUCAAAUCAAUCUUUAGUGGUUUAGAGAAUAACCAUCGGCUCACCCCUUCUGGGAAGCACAUGUCAAAUGAUGAUCCACCGGACGUAAAUAUGCUUCACUUCUUUAAAGCUAUCAGGCUCUCUUUAGACAUAUCCCUUAAAACAUAGGUGAUGCUUUAGGGACGUACGUAAGGCCAACAUAACAUGUAUAUAGACACCAUGUCACACCUGACAGUUUUUAUUUAAUACUAUAGACCAUCAUAGUGCGUUGCUCUGCAGAGAGGAUGUGGUUCAGUAUAUUUGUGUGAAAUAUAACAACUGGCCAUUCUUCCUCAUAUUUAUGUUAAGUGCCAUGCUAUGCUAACGUAGUUGUUAUUAGAGCAUAUGUAUACUUCUGCCAAAUACAGUUGGUACGCUGUAUGUAGCGAAAGUGUCACUGGAAUGGAAGGUGGUGUGAACUGUUCUGAAUCUUUACUUCUAUUGGACGCCAGUAAAUAGUUGUUAGCAAGCACUAGUGGUCGAGUUCUCCUUUUGUAUGUUUGUUUAUAAUCCUAACCAUUUUCCUUGAUGCCUUCUCAAAGGACAAUAUGUUACUAUUGAGUUUAUGAAGUAGCAUCUGAAUUGAUCUUGUGAAAAAAAAUGCAACAUAAACUGGUAAACUCUUGGACUAGUUGGACGUGGAAUUUUGUUGACUGUGACUUCUGCUAACCAGACCAUUUCUCAUUAGUAAUCAAUCAUUGUAAUUGAUCUCAAAGUCCCAAGAUAAGUACUUUUAUACAUGCACACCAUGUAAUUCUCAAGACUCGAUGCUUCAAACUGUCUUUCAACAUAGCCUUGUCAUUGAUCGAAUUGAUAGUAUUAUCAUUGUCUUUGUUCAAUCACCGCCCGUUCUGUAUAUUUUACGUUUAUUUUAUUCUGAAGUUGAUCCGUUGUACAUUGAUUUAUGUGCAUUGUAUGUAGUAUAUAAUGUUUUGGAAAAUCACAAAUAAACCGCUGUACAUAAUAAUGCAAA